AUGGGGAAUUCCGAGGGAAAGACGAAGGAGUUUGACAAGUCGUCCGCUAGUUCGACUUCCAGGAGAAUUGAUAAAAGAGUGGAACAAGCGUUUGUCACGCUGACUGGGAGCGCAUCGACAGCGUUGACUUUUGGGAUUUUGAAGGGAGUGUUCAGUGAAGGUCUUGCUGAAAGCUUGUGGAAGUACCUUUCCGAUUCUAAACCAUGUGAUGCUACCCUGAGCAUUGACGAGUUUUCCCGUCAUGCACCCAGCUUAAUGGGGACGUCAACAGACAUAUAUAUUAAGGUCUGUCAGCCUGUACUCCAUCUCAUUAAAACUUGCUCAGAAGCUGCUGGCGCUGGUGCCGUCGCUGGCGAUGAACCUUUUAUCAGGAAUCUUGUCAAUGAGAUGAGUGCAGGUGGUUCGAACGCCAACGCUAUUAUUUGUUGGAAGAAUGCAUUGUGCCCGAAAUUCUGCAAUGCUUUGCAAGGAUUAGUUCUGCAAGUGUUUCUUGGUUACAAUUAUCCAGCAACUGACUACUCAUCUGACAUCUUGACCCCGCUACAGAUGUGGUAUGUCCAGUGCUCCUUACCGGGCAAAUAUUUUGCGACCGAGAACACUAAGAAGUACCUUCGUAUAUUUUAUGAUUCGACCUAUACUUCCUGCGUUAGCGCAACACAUUGGACCCCACUGUACUCCAGUGCAACACACGGAAUCAGUGUGAAUCGAUUUGAGACCAAUGUGUUCGACUACAGAGGCCCUACAGUGUCUAUAUUCGAACUCACCGAUAAGAGUGUUUACGUGCUGGCCACGGAAGAAACCUGGCGGCAUGGUUCAUCUCGAUUCGGUGGUUCUGAUACAAUGCUGUUCCAAUUAGCACCGAAACUGGAUCGAUGGGAAGCCUCAGCAUCUAUUUAUUGCAAUUUUAAGAUCAGAUCGGCUGGAUUUGGAUUGUCGUUCAAAGACGUCAUGAAGAUCGACAAGGACAUGAGCAAUAUAGAAUCUAUUGAGGUGUGGGGGUGUGCAGCAUCGAAUGCCCUGGAGGAUCAGCAGAAAUUGAGAAUGUGGCAAAAUCAGCAGGCCGAGAAGAACAGAAAGGUGCCUUUGCCAGGAAACUGGGAUGACAAUCCGGACAAAACAAUCCUAGAAAUGGCUGGUUUUAAGUUCUCGGAUGAACGAAGAAAGAUGGACUUGGAGGCACAGUCGACGCGAUGA